UUGGGUAAAAAUUUAAUAAAAAGAGAGCUCUCCCAAAAAUUCUGUUUCAAACUUAUUUAAAGCAAAAACAUUUGACUUUAGUUUCAUUAUUCAGAAUGUUUUCGUGCUCAACAUGUAAGCAAAGUUUCUUGAAAUACAAAUCUUUUCUUCUGCAUAAAACAAAGUGUAAAAAAGUUGUCUGUAAAAAAUGUAAAAGUAGCUUUUCUUCGUUAACUUUCUUAAAUCAUCUUAAUCAAUGUAGACAAAAACAGAGUGAGGAUAUUGGAGAUUUUGCAACAUUCAAAUUGCAUAAAAGAAGCUAUAGAAAUGCUUUAGCUGUGUACAUAAAAGCUGAUGGUUGGAAAUCAAUUGAACAUCUACUAGCUGUUGAAAAGGAAAAUAUCCAAUCUUUGCUUAAAUAUAUCAUUGAAAGAAUUGGAUCUGUAAAAGUGCAAGCAUGUCUUCUACUUAAAUUUAUCAAACAGAAAACCGAAGGAGGAACGGAUACAACAGAAAUUUAUAAAGUUGCUGAGAUGUUAAGCCUAACAAACCUGCAUCAUAUUGAAACUAUUGUUAAAAACUGGAUUGAACAGAUUGAGUUGGCUAUCGAUCAAUUCACACAACGUGGAAGUGGAUGGGUGCUUCAGAGUGUGAAGGUUCUUGAGAUUCGUGUUGGAAAACUGAAAGAACAUAGUGGAGGCUGUGAUUCAACAAAAUUACCAUCUGAUUUCAACAAAAAGAAAAGUUUAUUAUCUCCAAAAUGUAGAAAAGAUUGUUUCAAAUGGUCUAUCCUUAUGGCUUUACACCCUCAAAAAAUGAAUAAAGAAAGAAUAGGGCAUUACAAAGUUUUUGAAAAGCAAUAUGACUUUAGUCAAGUAGAUGGUAUGACAACGCUUUCACAGGUUAAACGCUUUACUAAACGAAAUAAUGUUUCUGUGAAUGUUUAUACAUUAACACCUGAUGAAAAAAAGAAAGUUGUUCCGCUAAUGGUUGCUAAGGAACGUCAGUUGAAGCAUGCAAAUCUUUUCUUAUUCAACGAACAUUAUUAUUGCAUUACAAAUUUCAAUGCAUUCAUCAAAAGCAGUCGAUCCUGGGAGCGUUAUUUCUGUUAUAAUUGCUGUUCAGGUUUUAGAAAUCAAACAGCGCUAUCUAAACAUGAACUUGUCUGUUACAAUAAAACUGCACAAAGUGUCGUUCUCCCUGGUCAGGAAAACAUUCCAACUAAAUGUAAAUUUAGACAGAUACAAAAAACGAUUAGUUAUCCUUAUAUUGUCUAUGCUGAUUUUGAAGCUCUGUUGGUAAAAACUAACAAAGCUUUAACUAAAAAUACGUUUGAAUAUCAAAAACAUGAAGCAUGUUCGUUUGGAUUAGUUGCAAUUGACUGGAAUGAUAAAAUCUUAUUUCAAAAAUUUUAUCGCGGCUUGAAUGCAAGUCAAAUAUUUAUUGACACACUUUUGACGUUGAAAGAUUUCCUUCGCAACCAUCUUGAACAGCACAAAAAACCAGCACAGCUGAGUAAUUUUGAAAGACAUGUUUUUGAAGCAUCGACUCAAUGUUAUGUUUGCAACAAGCAGCUGCAAGAUGAUAAAGUUAUCGAUCAUUGUCACUUGACUGGGAAAUUCCGAGGAGCUGCGCACAAUCGAUGCAAUCUCAAAAUGCGUUUACCUCAUAGGCUUCCAAUCAUAUUUCAUAAUCUGAAAGGUUAUGAUGCUCAUUUACUAAUCAGAGGUCUAAAAACAGAUAAAAUUCAUAAAAUAAAUGUAAUACCGCAAAAUACUGAAAAGUAUAUUGCGAUAAUAAUGGAUGAUUUCAUCUUCUUGGACAGUUAUGCUUUUUUGCUAUCUAGCUUGGACACAUUAGCACAUAAUUUAUCAACUGAAGAAAAGAAGAAAUUUUUGUGUCAAACCUUUUCCGACGAUGAUUUACCAUAUAUUCUGAAUAAGGGAUCGCUGCCUUAUGAAUACAUGGACUCUUGGGAAAGAUUUGAAGAAGAAAGUUUACCAUCUAUUGAUAAAUUUUUUUCGCAUCUGUCACUGAAAACAAUUGAUAAACAAUCGUACGAUAGAUUGCUUGAUAUAUGGGAGCAUUUUAAUUGUAAAAAUCUUGGGGACUUUCAUGAUAUUUAUCUUAAAGUUGAUGUUUUACUUCUUGCUGCUAUUUUUCAAAACUUUCGUGCGACUAGUUUGAAACAGUUUGGAUUAGACCCUUGUCACUAUUUCUCAACCCCGGGACUAACAUGGGAUGCCUCCUUGAAGUUCACUGGUGUCGUGUUGGAUCUAUUGACUGAUAUUGACAUGGUUUUAAUGAUUGAGGAGGAAAUAAGAGGAGGAAUAUCUUGCUCAAUGUGCCGUUACGCAUGCGCUAAUAAUGAACUAUCAGAGAAAUUUGAUCCUAAUCAACCAAGCUCUUUUUUAACAUAUCUUGACGUUAACAAUCUCUACGGAUAUGCUCUUAGUGAUGUUCUGCCUUGUCGAAAAUUUGAAUGGGUUCCUCCUUACAUGUUUCAAAGUGUAAUUGAGGAAAUUUUGCAUUCUGAUUCUGACCGAAAAACUGGUUACAUUCUAGAGGUUGAUCUUGACUAUCCGUCAUGUUUACAUGAUCUUCAUAAUGAUUAUCCUUUGGCACCUGAAAGGAUAACUGUUGAAUAUGAACAGUUGAGUGGUUAUCAAAAAGAAAUUGUGAGCUUUUUAGAAGCUGCAGGCAUUAAGCGUUACAAAACUAAGAAACUUGUUCCGAAUUUGAUGAACAAAGAAAAUUAUGUUCUGCAUGAGAAAAAUCUUCGUUUCUACAUUGAGAAAGGUCUAGUUUUGAAAAAGAUUCAUCGCAUUAUUAGUUUUGAGCAAGAAGCUUGGCUCAAACCAUAUAUUGAAAUGUGCACAGAAAAUAGAAAAAAAGCUACAUCAUCAUUCGUUAAAGAUUUUUGGAAACUAAUGGUAAAUUCAUUGUAUGGAAAAAGCAUAGAAGAUAAAAGAAAACAUAGUAAAGUCAUAAUUGCUACGAAUGGAAAACAAGCAUUACAGCAAAUCAGGCAGCCAAUGUUUGAACAAUUUUACAUUCUAGACAAUGAUCUUGCAAUAAUCAAGUUGAGAAAGUUUGAAGUUAUUCUCGACAAACCGAUUUAUUUAGGGUUUACAGUCUUGGAACUAUCAAAGUUACACAUGUACAGACUACAUUAUGAUCAUUUCAAACCUAAAUAUGGAUCUAGAUUGUCUCUCAUCUACACUGACACCGACAGUUUUAUUUAUAAAAUACAAACAAAAGAUUUAUACAAUGACUUGCAAGAAUUCAAUUACCUUAUGGAUUUUUCUGAUUAUCCGCAAGCACACUUUUUGUACAGCAUUGAAAAUAAAAAGAAACUAGGAUAUUUGAAAGAUGAAAUGAAUGGGCAAAUAAUUGAUGAAGUAGUUGCAAUAAAAGCUAAACUUUAUGCUAUCAAAUAUGGUACAAAUAAAAAAAUGACUGCUAAGGGAGUGCAAAAAGCAAUUGUUAAAAGUGGGAUUUCAAUAGAGGAUUAUAAGGCUUGUCUUUUCGAAAAUGUGUUAUUGAAGCAUAAAAACUUUAGGUUACAGAGUAAACAUCAUGCUAUUUCUUCAGUAGAGAUAAAUAAACUAUCUUUUUCUCCACUUGAUGACAAGAGAUACAUUUUGGACGAUGCAGUUAGCACUUUAGCAUACGGGCAUUAUAGAAUUGUAAAAUAAGAAUAUACAAAAGCAAAUCAUGGCUCCAAGUAGCAAAGAAAUUUCACUUUUCUUCAAAAUUCAAGCUACGAAAAUUGAGUUUGAUAAAUUGUUCUUGACUUUGGCAAAGGAAUGGAUACAGCUUACUUUCAUUGAAGGACAAAAAUUGAAACAAAUGAAAAGUUUAUUUCUGGAAUUGCAUCAUGAUGAGCGAUGGUCAGAAAAAACAAAAGCUUAUUUCAAAAGAGUAGCUGCUGAUAUUGGUAAUAGGGAGGUUAUUUUCUUGCACGCAAAGCUGAGAAGAGAAAUAUCAAACGUGUGUAUUUGGUUGGAAAAUUGGAAAAAUUAUGAGAAAAAGAAUCAAAUUUAUAACAGGACGAGAGAAGAACAGCCAUGUAGUAGCGGUCUUGGUAGAAAGAAACGAAAAAACGAGCACUUUAUGCACUAUUUCUUGGAACAAGCCAGAUUAUCUAAAGAAGCGAGAGGAGAAACACUACCCAUGCAAUUAACUACUGAGCAGACGAUUGAAACUGUUGUGGAGUAUCUCUUGACACGAAACAAGUUUAUCUCAUGAUUAAACCAAUACAUUUUUUCUGUAUUUGUAUUUUCUAUUUAAUGUAAUCUCUACUAACUUUUUAUUUUAAUUAAAAGUCUUUUACAAUAAUUUGCAUGUCCAUUAUACCCAUCUCUUCCACACAUCCCUAAAUCAUUUUCUUUUUUGCAUUUUAUUAAUGUUUCUCUUUUCUUUCUUUUACAGAUGGCAAAGUAUAACAUGAAACAGCGAAUGAUGAAAAUCAAUCAAAAAAAGGCAAAGAGAAGCCGAAUCCCUCUGGUGGCAACUAGAAAGCCAUUCGUUUUCGAAUUGACGACGAGAAUGCUGAUCGAAUUAUGGAUUAAAAGCAUAAAAUGGGGUGAAACAAAAAAAGAAUCAGAACAGCCAGAAACCGAAAUCAAUAUGGAAGAGUUGGAGCAAUGGUGUAAUGAGGGAAAACCCGAGGCAAUAAAAUUUGAGGAUCCUGCUUUGAAAAAAAUGGACCUGUGCAAUAAACCUAUACCGGUGAUAGAGGGGGAUUCAUGGGAAGAUGUUUUUAAAGCAUGGGAUGAAAUGGAAAUUGAUGAUAUUGCAGAUACUAUUUCCAACGUUUUGUAAUUUCAUUCUUUGAUUUAUUCAUUUAAUUACAUUUAAUUUUAAAUCUUAUUUUAAUAAAUUUUGUUUAUUAUAUUUUCAUUGUGUUUUUGUUCACAUUUCAAAAAAGGUAAGUAAGAACCAGUAAAGCAACUUUUCAAGAAAGAGAUACAAAAAUAACCACAUUUGAUCGACAAGUCUCCUUGAAAUACAUCUACAUUAUAGAUAUAAUCAUAACGUUUACAGUUUCUUUCCAAAUAGGUUUUUAUCAUUUCAGGAGGUUGCUGCCCAUAAGAAUCGAAAUAAAUUCCCCUGCCGUAUAUUGGUAUAAAUACUGCUGUCCAAUGUGAGCCAGAUUUCCAGCUUGGAUCGAGAUUGAUUACGAUUCCGAAAGGUUUUGGAAACAAAGUAAGUGGAAGUUUAUCAAUUGCGUAUACUCCUUUGAAAUUUUUGUAUUUUACGAGUUGGUUUUGUAUAUCUAAUGUUGUUAAAGCCAUCAGUAGUCCGUGACAAUAUUACGUGCUGCAUCAAUUUGUAGAACGCUAUCAUAUAUAGCAAACACCAGCAUAUGCAUCCCUUCACUAAGAGCAGAAGAAAAUUGAAUAUCCAUACGAACAUUGCCUCUCUUGAUCAUAGAUAAUACACCUGAAUCACUUGCGAGAGUACCAUCAUCGGUUAAA